GACUUAUUUAUCGAUGACCAGUCGAAUGCAGCGACAAAGGGGGACGACGAACAUUUAAGAAUGAAGCGAUAUAACUUGAAGGAACCACCAAAUUUAUCGCAUGUCUGCAAAGGCAAUAUCGAAGAUUACGCAUGACGGGGUCCGCAGUGAACAAUUCAUCAACGAACGGCGCUUCGUCCACAAUUGCGCGUCUGUAUUCGCGCUUCUCGGAGGAACGUUGAAACGUUGACCGACAGCCCCUCAAACGGCCAACAUCAAUUGUGAUUCUGCGCGAGCAGAUCCAUAGAUUCCUCAUGGAGCGCCCCGCUGGACCUCCUUUGGGAGCUGCAACUCAGUCUUCCGGAUGGGCCACGGAUGGCCCGGCCAGCACUCGUCAGCCGCCUCUAAAUAGCGAUACCAUGAUGUGGAAAAUGCCCACCCUACAGCGAAUGCCAUCGGAUGGCUCGAUGUUCACCUCAAACCCGAUAUCUACUGCUCAAGUCGUUGCGCUGGCAAGGGAAGCGAUGCAAAAUGCGUUGGAGGAGAACCAGACAAAGUCUGGGGGAACGGCUGGGAUAACGAACGAGCUGAAGCCUGGCAUCACGAUUGAUAUGAGCCACAAAAAUAUCCAACGGUUCCCAGAAGAAGUUGUGGACAUAAUUAAGUCGGAGCUAGAAAGACUUGCGCUUUCACAUAAUAAGAUUUCCACAUUCCCCUUACGAUUUGCGGAGUGUACGUCCUUACGAUACCUUAAUGUUCGAAAUAAUGAUAUCCGAGAAUUUCCUCUAUCUAUUUGUGAACUAUCUUCUCUGGAAAUUCUGGAUAUAAGCCGCAACAAACUCCGCAUCCUUCCACCCGAACUUGCGAAACUCACAGCACUUAAGGUACUGUCGGUGCAGAAAAACCGUAUCGAGGACCUGCCGUUAUGUUUGGCAGACAUGAACUCUCUCCAAUGCUUGAAACUGGAUGGAAAUCCUAUAAGAUACCCGCCGAAGGAAGUACUGCAGGCCCAAGCCAGUAGCCCGCCCAAUGGUAUUGCUUUAAAAGAAAGCGAGAUAAACGAUGUUACUGUGACAUCGCAGAUCAAGAGAUUUUUCAAGCAGAAGCUCAUUACGGAUCGAUCAGAGACGGAAUCGGGAGGCGAAGAGUCCAGUGAAGGCGCCGAAACUCCACGGCCGUUGAAGCGAGUUACGAGUGGUCGAUUCCCUAUCAAAGUUAACGGCAGCGAUGUGCCGGAUUCACGAUCUCCGGCAUUGCAGCGGCCACCUCCAAUACCUUCGCGGUCUCAUUAUCGAGGAUUGUCACAGCAGAAUGCUGCGUUGAGAAGACCUGGUAUCAUGCCAUUGACUAUUGGCAAUAGUAACGAACGAGUUCGAAGCAACAGUGAGAGUCUAUUGCAGCGCGAUCGUGCUGAGCGUGCAGACAGGUCGCGGCGAAUGGGAGUUGUUUCCAAGAAAGCAAGCGACCUCACAACUGUCGAGGAGUUGAAAACAAAUCGGUAUAGCCAUCUGCGAGGCCUAAGUCAUGGGUCGGCAAUUCAAAGCGGCAAUGGCAGUAACGGCACAAAUGGCAACACGAGAAGCCCAGCAAGCCCCGCUGACAGCACAAACGGACGGAGUACAUACGUCAGGAGGUUAUCAAGCCUCCCUGAAAGGAAGCGAAAAUCGAAUUCUCCAGAUCCGGUUAUUGAGGGUGCGAAAGGGAUAUUGUUUGCUCUUGACCAGGUCCAUCCUUUAAUACAAAGUUUAAUGGGACUCACCAGGGAUGGUUCCAACAAAAGGACAAGUCUUGAAAGGGUCUUCUUCAAUGCAACAACACAUGUUGAAGAGCUCGAUCACGACAUCCAAGAAUACGAUACCUACUCUGAAGAAGACGAGGAAGUCAGUCCUCGUUCAAAUGCGAAUGUUCGCAGGGCGUGUAUUACAUGCGUCUCAGCCUACAUCCACGUCUGCACAUUAUUAUCACGAAACGUCGAAUCAUUACUCAAUAACGGGGACCCACGAUAUAUUCGUAUGCUUCUUCUCCAUAUAUACGGGAGUUUGGUGGAAGUUCGAAAUGCGGGGACAAGUUUAAUUGGGCCAAAGCAGAAAGCGUCUGAGCAGCUGCCACCUUUAUUAGAAGAUACUAAUAUCAACACGAUCAGACCGUCGGUCCGCGAUAAGACACCGACACGGGAGCGGCCCAACCCAGCGUCGAGGAUGAGGAGCGCCACGACAAUCCAGCAGACGAACAACCUGCGUGUCCUGACGGAUUCCAGGAACGCCUAUACGAACGGAUCUGGCCGGUCUGCAACCAUGACAUCUGCAACCCCCCGAUCGGGAGAAUCGUUCACCUCCGUCUCCUCUGCUGGGAGGAUGAACGGCGACUUCACCGAAGAAGACCGGCUAUUCGAGAGGAUAUUCCUGGGCCUACAGCAGUCAUCUGAAAUGGCCAUCAGGACAUUACCCACCGUCAACGCUCAUUUCGUACAAUCCAACAAGAACAGCAUGCAGCAAGGGACCUACGACCAACUAAAGCACUACUGGCAAGCCCUCAGCAUCAAAUGCUCCUUCGCCCUCGAGACCGCCGAGACACUCAAAGCGCGCCUCUCCCUGAUCAAACUGAAAGAGCCCGGGAUCCGCACCCAAGGCGCCUUCUGGGAACUCUGCAACACCUUCAUGAGCUCGUACUACAACCUCGUCGUCAAAGUCAAGGAGGUGAAAUCCGUCACCUCCCUCAUCUCAACAGACGUCAUCGCACUCCUCCGUCCCUUACAAAAAGUCAUCCGCGAAACGAGUCAGCUCAUCCAAGCUUCGCCCUGGUCAUUCCUCACUGGCCCCAGCUCGGGGCCAGGGCAACAUCACGCAAACCACACGAACCAUCCUUCAACAAGUACCUCCAUCUCCUAUGUCCUCCACUCCCCACAGGUCGCCAUGCCCAUGACACCCGCGAGUGCUGCUCUCGGACCAGCUGUACAAGCUACCGUGCCCAGCGCGCCGCAGAGCGCAGGGUACGGAGCGGACAUGUUCCAAGGGAACGUGUUUGAGCGCGCCGACACCCUGCUCAGUAUGGGCGGAAGCAGCGCCUUCUCCUCUCGCGCCGGGACGAUGACGUCGUGGGGCGGGAGUGGAGAUGGGCAGACUCCUGGGGGGCCCGGGGGGACGUUUAGUCCUACGAAUGGGAUGAUUAGGUAUGGAGGGAGUAAGGUUGUGUUUUAACCUUUUUACCACCUUGCUGAGACUGGGCCGCGGGGACGAGAGGG